CCUUCCCACACUCUCUCUUUCUAUUCUCUCCAAAUUAAGACCCAAAAAAAAAAAAAAGAAAAAAACACGCAGAACACACACUGCCCAAUUAACCAAUCAUCUCUCAGCAAAUUAUACAUCAUCCCCAUCUUCAAAUAUUAUACUGAUAUAAAUACGUAAAAAAAGAAAAAAGGGUGCAAAAAAUAAGCCAAAUAUAUUCGUUAAAUUGGCUCUAACUCGUCCCUUCAUUUUGCCCUAGAUCUCACACUCCCUCGUUGAGAGAUCUAAACUUCUUCAGCUAUUUGACGUUUUUUUUGUUCCCCUCGAUCAGGUUCAGUCUUGUCCUGUAUCACAGUUGUCAAAGGACCCCUUAGGUUGCUAGGUAGGUAAUCAAAGGGUGCCGUAGAUUGGACGCUGUUUUAGGAUUAAAGAACUAUUUUUGGAAGAUAGACUUGUGAUGCAUUAUUUCUAGAUGAAGUCAGCUCAGGCGUGGCGUGGGGGCAUGAAGGACAUGCAGAUAUUGCCAGCGCCUCGCCACCGUGCCCACUUGAAGAAGCCAACAUGGAUAAUAGUGUUGGUUUCUUUAGUCAGUAUGUUCUUAGUUUGCGCUUAUGUUUAUCCACCUCACAACUCUGCAGCAUGCUAUGUAUUUUCAUCUCAUGGUUGCAAGGGGAUUUCAAAUUGGCUUCCACCUGCUCCUGCUAGAGAACUGACAGAUGACGAGAUUGCUUCUCGUGUUGUAAUUAAAGACAUUCUUAAUACACCUCGUACUGUAUCCAAGAGCCCUAAAAUUGCAUUCUUGUUCCUGACCCCUGGUCCAUUACCCUUUGAGAGACUGUGGGAUAAAUUUUUUCAGGGCAAUGAAGGUAGAUUCUCUGUCUAUGUGCAUGCUUCCAAGGACAAACCACUACAUUUCAGCCGUUACUUUAUUAACCGUGAAAUCCGAAGUGAUAAGGUUGUUUGGGGAAAAAUCUCCAUGGUGGAUGCAGAGAGACGUCUUUUGUCAAAUGCACUUCAAGAUCCCGAUAACCACCAUUUUGUGUUGCUGUCAGAGAGUUGUAUACCAUUGCGGAAUUUUGAUUUUGUGUACAACUAUCUGAUGUACACAAAUGUCAGUUUCGUUGACUGCUUUGAGGAUCCUGGACCGCAUGGAAGUGGCAGGUACUCUCAGCAUAUGUUACCAGAAGUUGAGAAAAAAGACUUCAGAAAGGGUGCACAGUGGUUCACAAUGAAGCGACAGCAUGCUGUGAUAAUUAUGGCUGACAGUCUAUACUACACAAAGUUCCGGGAUUACUGUAAGCCAGGCAUGGAUGGGAAGAACUGCUAUUCGGAUGAACACUAUCUACCAACAUUCUUCCAUAUGCUUGAUCCAGCUGGAAUAGCAAAUUGGUCUGUAACACAUGUUGACUGGUCUGAGGGGAAGUGGCAUCCCAAGUCAUACAGGGCUCGGGAUGUUACAUAUGAGCUUAUAAAAAAUAUCACGUCUAUUACAGAAAGUAUCCAUGUCACAAGCGAAGAAAGGAAGGCAAUUCAGAUUCAACAAUGCUUGUGGAAUGGAAAUGAAAAACCGUGCUACUUAUUUGCAAGGAAAUUCUUACCAGAUACGCUAGAUAAAUUGCUGCAUCUUUUUCCAAACUAUACAAGGAUUUGAGAGGGUUGAUACGGCUAUCUUAAUUCUUUGGUCGAUCCAACAGUUGCAUCCGACCCCCCUGUCUCCAUUUAUCCUGUGGCUUUCGGUGUUGUAAAGUGCAUCUCAUUGUACAAGAACUGAAUGCUCCCCAACCUGGCUUCUUUUUGUGGGCAAGGGCGACUGGCACAGCAGUUAAAGACUGAUCUCUAAUCAGUACGUGGAAGGUAAUGCCUUGCUGCUAGUGUUACUUUCUUGGGGAUGGAUGACCCACUGUUUAUUCUUUUGUCAAUUUUGGGCUAUUUACAGUAGAUUUGGGACGACAAAUUUUGGGGAUAUAUUGCAACACUUGUAUGUUUUGACCUUUGUAGAAGUAGCAAAUGUUAAAGUUGCAAUUACGGUCCCAGUAGUAGUACAUUUUGAUAAAUUUUCCUUGGUAUCUGUUUUAGUUGUUUCCUACUUUCUCAACAAAGUUCCCAGAAGCAGGAAUAUGGUACUUCGAACAGAGUUGAUGCAUGUAACAGGAUCUCUAAGUUCGUAAAAUUUCUUUCUUUUUUUCUCUUUUUUGUUGUUACAUAUUACAUUUUAGAAAAUUGAUCAAGUGUAUCUCUAGUCCACUUGCUUUUUGUACA